AUGGUAUAUUCUUCUGAAUCUGCAAAGUGGAAAGCUUACCAGUUCCUGGACCCCUUUGCUGCCAACUCGUUUUUCGUGUGUAACAAGACCAACAAACGCUUCUGUCGCCCUGACUGCGAUGCCUACCCUGUGUCGGAAUUGAAGCUGGAAAUUGAGUUUGUUGAUGACUGCGCUCAAGCCAUGGACUUGGGCUACCUUCCAUGUGAAGCCUGUGAUCCUACGCUGACUCCACACAUUGACGUUAACCUUUUGAUUCAAACAGUCAACGACGUCAAUGCUCUGAUUGGGUUCUCCUUGCCUGCCUUUGACGAGAAGCCUGAAGAGAAGGACUUGAGAAGACAGAGUGCUCCAGUGUCUGGAGCCUCGAGCAGCAAGAACAACUCUGAACACUACCGCCUUGUGGACUUGGCUUGUCGUCACUUGGCUCUUGCCGCUGCCGUGUCUAUCAUGAACCCACAGCUGCCUUCGAACGCCAACCUGCCAUCUUCUGAUGACGGUGCUGGUUCUGCCUCUGACUCUGGCAAGAAGAAGAGAAAGAGAAGAGGCGGUGUGCUUGGCUUUAAGGAACUCGCUGCUAAGCUGAAGCUCUCUGCUUGGCACUUUCACCGUGUCUUCAAGUCUGUCACUGGCAUGACGCCAAAGACUUAUGGAGAUAUGUGCUGGGAGUACUUGCACGACGAGAGACCAUCUGCUGGUCUUACUGCUUCCCUGUCGAGCUCCAACCUUCUGCUUGCCCUGAAGGAUGCCUCUUCUUCGGUGUCCUCGGCCCACUCGCCUGUUUCUAGCCGCAAGAGAUCUCGUCCUGAAAUCAAGGAAGAAACCCCAGAGUUGACGCCUCUGCCAAAGAGACAACUCACUUCCAACCAGUACCAGACCCCACACAUGCCGCCAGCUAUGGUUAACCCUGCUUUCUCGCUCGACGAGACUGAAUUCAACAAUGCUACAGACUUUGGUGCAUCGAGAGCCUUCUCGGACACCGACUUGACCAUGGCUGCUCAAUUGCCUUCCAAGAACCACUUCAACAUGACUCUCGAGAGACCUUACUCUCUCUUCUCCCACCUGAAGCCAGCCUACUACCCAGAGGAGUCGUCGUUGGCCAUGCCAACCAUGCCUUCCAUGCCAGAACACAGACCUGACGGUGCUUUGGGUUACCACUACGAUGGAAGCAUGCCUCCUCCAGAGACUAUGGCUCCUCUUCCGGACGCUCACGAUCUUCCUUUCACAGACAUGCCUGAUUUUGUUGCUGGUGCCCCUGCUGGCGCCAACGGCUACUGUACCGAUGUGUUUAACGGUGCUGGCACCGACUUCAACGGUGGUGGCUUGGAAGAAGAUUUCUUGAGAAUGGAGCCAGACGCUUCAGACAUUAACGAUGCGCUCAACUUGGGUCUUUCGACCGAGAUGUUGAAUGUGGGCUUGUAA